CUGGCACGUUAACCUACCAGCUCACCGCAGGUCAGUACAAAUACCGAGGAUUUGGAGAAAGCAGCGGUGGCAAUUGACGUGGGGAUUUAACCCCCUUCCGAACGCAGUGCUGGGCCGAAAAAGACCCCUGUGCAGCAGUGCAAAGAUGGCGCCGAGGGGUGUCUGGUGUGUGUUGUUGACCUGUCUCUUCUGCACAUCCUCCGCUGACAAAGAUUUCUUCACCUCCAUCGGUCAGAUGACAGAUCUGCUGUACACAGAAAAGGACCUGGUCACCUCUCUGAAGGAUUACAUCAGAGCAGAGGAGAGCAAGCUGGAGCAAGUCAAAAAGUGGGCUGAGAAGCUGGACGUGUUGUCGGCCACGGCCACUCAGGACCCAGAGGGCUUCCUGGGCCACCCGGUCAACGCCUUCAAGCUGAUGAAGAGGCUCAACACAGAGUGGGGGGAGCUGGAGAGCCUGGUCCUCAAGGACAUGUCUGAUGGGUUCAUCUCGAACCUGACCAUCCAGAGACAGUACUUCCCCAAUGAUGAUGACCAGACGGGGGCAGCCAAGGCCCUGAUGAGGCUGCAGGACACCUACCGACUGGACACGCAAACCAUCUCCACGGGAGAGCUGCCUGGAACCAAUACUGAUGUCACUAUGAGCCCUAUGACGGUGGAGGACUGCUUUGAGCUGGGGAAGAUAGCCUACUCUGAUGCAGACUACUACCACACGGAGCUGUGGAUGGAGCAGGCCCUGAAACAGCUGGACGGGGGAGAGGAGUCCACUGUGGACAUGGUGACCAUCCUGGACUACCUCAGCUACUCCAUCUACCAGCAGGGGGAGCUAGAGAGGGCCCUGGACUACACCAAGAGACUGCUGAAAUUGGACUCUGCCCACCAGCGAGCCAACGGCAACCUGAAGUACUUUGAGUACCAGCUGGCCAAGCAGAAGAUGGUGGAGGCGGAGGAGGGCCUGAAGGAGAAGGAGAAAAGAGAGAGGGAGAAGCGGGAGGCGUCUGAGAAGAAGGGCAGACCUGCAGACUACCUGCCUGAGAGGAGGAAGUACGAACAGCUGUGUCGCGGCGAGGGCAUCAAGAUGACCCCGCGGCGUCAGAGUCGUAUGUUCUGCCGUUACUCUGACAACAACCGCCACCCCCUGUACGUGCUGGGUCCCGUCAAGCAGGAGGACGAGUGGGACCGCCCACGCAUCAUCCGUUACCACGACGUCCUCUCUAACAGCGAGAUCGAGAAGGUCAAAGAGUUGGCCAAACCCAGGCUAAGGCGCGCCACCGUGCAUGACCCCCAAACAGGGAAACUCACCACGGCCCAUUACAGAGUCUCCAAGAGUGCGUGGCUAACCGCCUACGAGGAUCCAGUAGUGGACAAGAUAAACCAGCGCAUUGAGGACAUCACCGGCCUGAAUGUCAAGACAGCAGAGGAGCUGCAGGUGGCAAAUUACGGCGUGGGCGGGCAAUACGAGCCCCACUUUGACUUUGGGCGGAAAGAUGAACCAGAUGCGUUUAAAGAGCUGGGCACUGGGAACCGCAUCGCCACCUGGUUAAUUUACAUGAGUGACGUGCCAUCAGGGGGCGCCACUGUCUUUACAGAUGUGGGAGCUGCAGUGUGGCCCAAAAAGGGCAGUGCGGUGUUCUGGUAUAACCUGUUUGCCAGCGGGGAGGGUGACUACAGCACGCGGCACGCGGCCUGCCCCGUCCUAGUGGGCAACAAGUGGGUGUCCAACAAGUGGAUUCACGAGCGAGGCCAAGAGUUCAGAAGACGUUGCACUCUGGACGAGUCUGACUGAUCAAAAGGAAUAAAACACCUUCUUCGUCUUCCUCUUCCAAUCCCUACACCUGGACCCACCUGACUCGCGGCGCUGUGGACGCUGACGUGCCCUCUGACCUCUCCACCCCCUUCCUCUCCUUCCUUCUCUCCAAACUCAGCGUUCACUCAGUGGUUCUCUGAGGCUCUGGCUGCUCAUGUGAUCUGUCACAUUUUAUUUUUUAUCUGAGGUGUGUGUGUGUGUGUGUGUGCGCGUGUGCGUGUGGGGUUCACCAGUCCCAGUCUGUGCCUUCUGUUGAUGGGUUUUGCACACUCAGACUGCACAGCUGUCUUAAAACCUGGGGAACUUUUAUUUAACUCUCACCCUUAACAUGGACCUUUUAUGUUGAUACUAUCGACAAGAUGCUCAAUUAACUAGUUCAGCGUUUCCCAACUCUGGUCCUUGAAUAGCCCAACAGUACACAUUUGUAUUGUAGCCCCCAGACCAGCACACCCGAUUCAACUUGUCAACUCAUCGUCAAGCCCUUGAUAAGUUGAAUGGGAUGUGUUUGUUCAGAACUCCAACGAAAUGGUGUACUGUUCGGAGGACUGGAGGACCGGAGUUGGGAAAACACGGAACUAGAGCAAUCAACACAGCUGCUUCUCCCUUUCAACUUCCUACAACGUGACAUAUUUUCAUGUGCACUUCUCAGAAACCAUUCUUUACAUUGUUGAUGGAAUUUGAUAUAGCACACUAUGCACAGGGUCUGGGUUACUAUCGGACUAAGGGAAGGUCUCUGAACAGUGCUUAUGACAAGUGAUUAUCACUGAUUCACUGUGAUAUAUUGACAGAGGAGCUGUGCCAGCCCCCCCUCUCCCUCUUUUCCUUCUCUCUCCCUUACACCCCUCUUCUCUACCAAGGCCAUGUCUGCCGCGGGGCUAUUUCAGCCCUGAGGUCAUUCACUCCACGACAAACACUACUGCAUCUGCUGCACAGAUAAACACUGACUUUUAAAGCCAAAGGUACACGAUGUCUCUUAGUUUUUCUGCGCCCCCCCCCCGCUCUGUCUUUCUCAACGCGCUGUUCCUCCUGUGUCUCCCACUCCUCUCUGCCUUGGGUGAAACACAGUAAACUAAAUGCAGGUACUGACUGUCACCGUUCUAUGUUACCGAAGCAAAGCUCGUACCUGAUCAACUGAUGAUUCAUUGAGUUUGACGAUAAUAGGAUUUCAUCCGUAAAAUGACUGAAUGAAAUAUGAUGCUAAGAAUCGAUAAGAAAUGUUUCUUCCGUGUAUCACUCCAAACCUGGUUCCUCCACUCCACAGUUUAAGCCUAUGCUGACCCUGGGCAGAACGAUAAUGGCAGUUGCUGAUUUGUUCAGAGGGUCCCUGGUUCGAGCCCGGUUGGGGGCAAGGAGAGGGACAGAAGCAACACGGUUACAUGUUUUUCCUCCCAGAUGCAGGUCUUCUUUGUAUUUUGAAUUGUAAUAACGAUGGGAUGUGUGGGGAUAUGUGUUGUACAUGUGAGAUUAAUGUUUUCUACAGAAAUAAAUAUUACGUUAAGUAAAGAAUUCA